GUAUUCCCAGGAUCAGUGAAAGUGGAAAGUGGUAGCCAGAGAUAUUUUCACAAGAAUUUGGCGAGAAAAUAUAACUCCAGCGAAAAAAUGAGGUAGUCCAUUUCUAUCUUACAGGUAGUCCAUUUCUUUAUCACCCAGAGAAAGAGGUUGAGAAAAAUUUAUCAUAUUUCCUGAACUACUUGCGAAUAAUGAAUCACUUGUGGACUGCGUUAAUUAUUUUGACUGCUGCUAUAGCAACGGUUGCCCAGGAUACUGGGGAGUGUAACAAUAAAGCUUGUUAUCCAUCAUUUGAGGAUCUCAUUGUUACAGCGUUUAUAAAUAGGACGGUUUCUGUAAGUUCAACGUGUGGCGAUCCUGCAAACGAUUACGAACUUAUUUACAUUAACACGCAGGGCGAGGAGAUGCUGAUACAGGAGACUUGUAAUGCUUCGAUCCCGGAAGAAUCUCAUCCGAAGGACUAUUUGUACGAUUCUCUAAAAGAGGUUCAACUGGGCGUGGAGGUCGAUGUUCCAAAUCUUGACACUUGGUGGCAGUCUACUAACAAUGCAGACAAUACCCAGCUGAUACUUUCUUUGGGUGAUGAAUUUCUCUUUCAGAGUAUGACGAUUGCUUUUCGCAGUCCUCGACCGCAAGAUAUGUGUAUUGAAACAAGCAUCGAUUAUGGGAUUACAUAUAAAAAAUUACAAUAUUAUGCGCAGGAUUGUGCGAGCAGUUUUCCCGAUAUUCCACUUACAGACAUAAAUAAUCCAGUACGUGUCCUCGAAGCGACAUGCAUUGAAGCAUACUACCAGGGUGAUUCAAGUACAACGGUUCCUGGAACCAUUCAACAGGUGCUUUACAAUCCGGCUUCUUUAUUUGGAUCAAGUUUUUUCGCGUAUGAAUCACAAACAUAUUUCUUAGCAACCGAUAUCAGAGUCACCCUGAUCACUGCUCCUGGAUCUGGAGACCCAUUACGAAGCUUUUUUGCCGUUGUUGACUGGGAUGUUACAGGUCAGUGUGCAUGUUUUGGACAUGCUGAAGAGUGCAUGGGUGAGAAUGGAGCAGAUUGUAUAUGUCAGCAUAAUACAGAAGGUAAAAACUGUGAGUCGUGUUUACCAUUGUAUAACAACAGAGAAUGGCAAGCUGGUUUUGGAUCAAGUGCAAAUGAAUGCGAAGAAUGUGGGUGUAAUGGACAUGCUACGUCUUGUCACUAUGAUGAAACGAAAGGAACUGGUGUCUGCGACGAUUGUACCGACAAUACAACGGGCGAUAAAUGUGAACUGUGUUUGCCAUCGUAUUUUAUCAAUCCAUACACGAUACCGGGUGUGAACGAAACAUGUGACGAAUCAUUGGUGUCCUAUCCAUGUGAUCAAAGUUGUCUUUCAUGCAACUGUAGUGUGGAAGGCACCAAAAUGAAUACUGAUUGUGAUGGAAUCAGCGGCCAAUGUGAGUGUAAAACCAACGUUGAGGGCAGAGCUUGUGAUGUAUGUAAAGACACGUACUGGAAUCUUCAACCAAGUAAUCCCAAUGGUUGCCAAGAGUGUACUUGUCAUGCGCCUGGGUCUAAGGACACUUCCAAGUUUUGUGAUAAGGAAACUGGUCAGUGCAUAUGUAAAGCAAAUACUGAAGGAGCCUUAUGUGAUAAGUGCAAGGAUGGCGCUUUCUCGUUGCAAGCCAGCAACCCUGAUGGAUGUACUCUAUGUAAUUGUGACAUUGGUGGCGCUGUAGCCUCCCUCUGUGACAAAGACUCUGGAGUGUGUGGCUGUAGAGGAAGUCAUAUCAUUGGCCGAUCUUGUAAUGAAACUGAGGCCGGAUACUACGUACCUAAACUAGAUGGUCUUUUAUAUGAAGCCGAGCUAGCUUCUUCAGAUCAGCCAAUUGUCAUCGAAGAACAACCUGGGCAUGGUGAAGGUGACGUGACUGGUAUCGGUUACCUUGUGGUCAGCGAGGGAGGUACUGUAACUUUUUCAAAUGUGGUGGUGCCAAGAAACCAACAAUAUGAAGUUGUGCUGAGAUAUCAGAGUGAAAGUCUAUGGAACUCUUUUAGUUUGACACUGACGAUGAACUCUCCUGAGCCAUAUAGUUGUGGGGAUAUUGAUGUACCAGGCGACCCAAUAGCGUUGGUGGCUGGCACAGACUUACCAGCUGCAUCGCCCAGUGGUAAGUAA